ACAUUAUGAGUGAACUUGUAUGCGAAGGUUGAGAAUGGUUUUCGUGAAUUUCAACAUUUGACCAUUUCAUGAGAUCAGAAUGGAUCACAUAAUUGCAAAAAGAGAAUCGCUUCUGUCGAUAGAAACAACGAGGAAGUCAUUGGGAAUAUCCAGUAUAACCUCGAAAUCUGAGCCGAAAGAUGCCUUUUAUAUAUGCCGAAUUUUGUUCAUGUUCAUUGGCUUCAUGCAUCUCAUGCCAAUAUUAUUUUUGGGCUCAGCUGCUAACUACUGGUUCUACAAAUUCAGGAAUACCACCCUAGAUACCGUCGACCCUGAGGUCAGGACAGACCUUCAAACCCUUUACCAGUCAUCGUCUACGGUCGCUCAAACUCUACCAUCAUUGGGUUUCAUGUUCCUGACAACGAUUUUUGGACACAAAUUCCAACCAAAAUAUUUGACAGCGGGCACUCUCGUCUGUUUGAUCGGUAUUUUUUCUAUAUUCGCCAUUUUCACCCAAGUCGACACAGACAACUGGCAAACAGCAUUUUUCUUCACCACAAUGUUCCUUCUGGUAGUGAAUAGCGCUGUUGUAGCAAUCUUCCAGUUAUCUACGCUAGUCAUCAUAGCAAAGUUUCCGAACGACUACAUGAAAUCAUUUCUAUUCGGUCAGAGUGGAGGCAUAGUUUCCAACAUCAUUCUAGUCAUCUCAAUCUCUGUGACCGACUACCAACCAACCUCAGCUGCCAUAUACUUCAUCGCGGGUGUGAUAAUGAUAGCGAUUACCUUCGUGCUGUUCUUGAUGGCGCUCUUCACUGAACCAUACAGGGUGUACGUUGUAGAAAGUACAGAAACUGGAGAUACUGGGACCCGAAAGAUAAGCUGGAGUGAAAGCAAAGAGGUUCUGAAAUGUAUCUGGCCUUCCUCUGUUCUCUUUGUCUUCCUGAUGUUAGCAAUCUCUUGUAUACACCCUGCAGUUGAUACCUUGGUGGUUUCCGAGUUUCAAGGCGACGGAACUGUAUGGACUGAAAAGUACUUCGUACCUGUGAUAACUUACCUACUGGCUGAUGUAUCGGGGGUCUUGGGGAGAUUUUUCUCCACAAGUUAUAGAAUAACAAAAACUAACUACCUCUAUUGGAUAAUUGGAGGAGUUAUAAGAUGUGUUGUUUGUGUGACGUUCAUUAUAUUCUGCAAUGCUCAGCCUAGACAUCUACCAGUUAUAUUCAACCAUGACUGGGAGUACAUUUUAUUCAACAUUAUUUUUCCAUUCUCCAAUGGGUUCCUAUUCAACGUUGGCUUCCUUAGUUUGAAUGAGUUAUCUGAAGGCAAAUCAGAGGUUGCUUUGAAACUGAGUAGUGUUAUCAUAGCUGUAUCAUCUUCUGUUUUUUCUGCAAAUGGAAUACUAAUGGUGAAGCUGCUGUAAAAUUCAUGAGUAAUGGUGAUUUUCCAAAAUACCUUAUUCCAACCAUGAAUUUCAGUUACGUACAGUGGCGUUACUAUACAGGGUGGCAAGUUGGCAAAAUGCCACAGGCUCCCAGUCAAAGGAGAAUCCCAAGUACCAACACUUAUUAUGACACAUUUAGUAUAUCAAAAAUAUGUUUUGUCUUUAAUUUAUUGAAGUUACCUACUUAUUUAUAAUAAAGAAUUAUUUUA